AGAACGAUCUCUAGUUUUGUAUCAGUUCAAGAAGAGAAGUGAAGGAAGAAUGAGACGAACAGCUGCUCUAGUUGCAGCAUCCUGUCUUGUUACAGUUGCGUCAGGCCAGUCCGCCUUCAGAUGUCCCGAACCUAAUGGAUAUUUUGAGGAUAUUCAACAGUGUGAUAAAUACUACGAUUGUCUGGAUGGAGUAGCAGAGGAGAAACUGUGCCCGGACGGUUUAGUUUUUGAUCCUUUCUCCAGAAAGAGAGAACCCUGUGAUCACUAUUUCAAUGUGGACUGUGGAGACAGACUAGAACUACAGAGCCCCAAGGGACCUAGUGAUCUCUGUCCUCGUUUAAACGGAUUCUACUCUCACCCCGACCCUGCUGUCUGUCAUAUCUUCUACGCCUGCGUGGACGGUUUGGCUGAGGAGUACACCUGCUCCUCCGGUCUAUGGUUCGACGAGUACUCCGGAGUGUGCAACUGGCCCGAGACCACCGACAGAACCGAGUGCAAAGCUGAUUCUUAUGCUUUAGAAACAGCCAGUGGAUUCAACUGCCCUGAGAAAGGACCUGCUGAUGAGUUUGGACAGAUUGAUCCCCAUCCCAAGUACUCCGACCCCAACGACUGCGCCAAGUUCUUCAUCUGCUUGAACGGUAUCUCCCCCAGGGAGCAGGGUUGUGAGCUGGGUCUCGUCUAUAAUGAACUCUCUGCACAGUGCGAUGCCCCUGAGAAUGUUCCAGAAUGUAAGGACUACUACGCCUUCCUUGACGAUGAUAAGAAGAGUGUGAACCCGGCCAGGAAGUAAAUCCGGGUCUGAAACCAUCCUUCUUCAUGUGUGGUUUGUAUACGUAGAGAGACUCCCUCUUCAUGUUUGUGAUGAACACUGUAUUUAUUUAUUAUUUCGUCCAAUAUAAUCAAAACUAUGUUUAGACUCAAUGAGUGUAUAUAUUAAUAUUGGUUGGACUAUUCUAAAUUUGAAUAAAUGUUAAGUUUGUUUUAA